UGUGUGUGGUAAAUGUUGUGGCUCUGCGGAAAGGUGUUUGAGCCCUCCACACACGGCCUAUGCGUCUCGGUCCAUUCCCUAAAUUUCUACAUUAGCAUUGCACAAUAGAGUCACAGGUUGGUCUUGUUUCUUGAGUUUAUCAGGUCCGUCGGACCCGACCCUCGGAUUACCAAUCCGCGUCGCUCUUGGAGGGAGUGGACCAAUCAGAGAGCACCUUGGAUAAAUAUUCAUAAUUCCCUGAUUCAAACCUUUGAGCGAGUUUGUGUGGAUCCACAGCAUCGUACCUAGACUUUUCACAGAGACAAACUACAUUUUCUUAUGAAUGGAAAGUGAAAAAAUCAGUUGCGCUUAAAUUGGGCUCCAUCCUUCACUCGGAUCAUAGAAGAAAACAAAAAAGCAGGUAGAGAGAGAGCGAGAGACAUGACCAUGUCUACAAUACCAGAGAGUCUUAACAGCCCAGUCUCAGGAAAGAGCGUGUUCAUGGAAUUUGGGCCACCAAGUCAGCAAAUGUCGCCUUCAUCUAUGAGCCACGGACAUUAUUCAAUGCACUGUUUACACUCGUCCGGACACCCGCAGCACGACAGCGCGUACAGCCCGGCUCCGUCCUUCCCCAGAUCUCUGCCUUAUGCAUACGUCAACUCGGUCGGUAGCCAUUCCUCCAGUCCGUACCUCAGCACCGUGCAGACUUACCCAAACAACUCGGCUUUGACGCAGACGAGGCUGGAGGACCCAGCGCCGGAGUCAGAGAAAAACACUGUGGUGGAGGGAGGAGAGGUUCGUUUCAACGGGAAAGGCAAAAAGAUCCGCAAACCCCGGACCAUCUACUCCAGCCUCCAGCUGCAGGCUCUGAACAGGAGGUUCCAGCAGACUCAGUAUCUGGCUCUACCGGAGAGAGCCGAGCUCGCCGCGUCCCUGGGGCUCACGCAGACACAGGUGAAGAUCUGGUUUCAGAAUAAACGCUCCAAGUUUAAGAAACUGAUGAAGCAAGGCGGAGGAACAAUAGACACGAACGCUUUGGCAAACGGGCGCGGACUGUCCACCGGGUCUCCAUCCGUAGCGACCGUCUGGAACUCAACAGCCAGCGUCAAAACAUCCACACCGACCUCGUAUAUUCCCAGUUACACCUCGUGGUAUCCCACAGCACACCAGGACACUAUGCAGCAGCCGCAGCUCAUGUGAACCAGCACUGCUGACACAACCCCGCCCCUCUCUCCACCAGUGGCCCAGAUCAGGGGACCCAGCACGGGCCACUCACCCUGCGGCCUUACACACACACUGGCCCUCCGCAGCCCAGACCAGAUGCGAGCCGGAGACGCUCUCUGAAAGACACCUGCUGACACACCGGCCAGCGUGGACUGAGCGAGGCUCGUCUGCACCGGAGAGGAAACACAUCUCUUUUUUUUAAUUGAAUGCCGGGAAAGUGGGUUAAAUCAAAGCUACUGCUCUCCCCCUUUCCGUGACUUUUUUGAUGUGUAAAAAAAAAAAACGAUGAAACUGUACCUAGUCAGAAAUGUAUUUCAUUUUCUUCAAAUCUGUAAUUUUCCGUAAGAUAUUUGGAAUUACCGGUUUGUCCAUCCACAACAAAGUGCUGGGCUGUGAGUGCGCGAGAGCGACAUGAACAUCACACAGACACGCGCUUGUUCCAGAAGCUCAU